AUGGCAUUUCAAAUUCUUUAUUUUCACCGGGUCCAGUUGGAUGACCUGAGCAAAUUUGCCCAACCAAUCAAAAUAGUGGAGCGUAUGAUCAACCAGAACACACAUGACGAGAUAGCACAAGAUUUCAAAUACUACGAGGACCCGUCGGAUGAGUUUCGUGAUCAGCAUGGAACUCUUCUACCUCUCUGGAUGUUCACAUUUGAAAAAUCCAAGAAGUUGGCUGUCACCGCGCUCUGUUGGUCACCACGUUACACGGAUCUGUUUGCAGUCGGGCAUGGAUCAUAUGAUUUUCUAAAGCAAUCAACUGGUCUUAUUUGUUUCUACACUUUGAAAAACCCGGAGUAUCCGGAAUAUAUCUUCGAAACGGAAUCCGGCGUAUUGUCACUGGAUCUACAUCCCGCAUUGCCGCACAUGCUUUGUGUGGGUUUCUACGAUGGAGCUGUCGGUGUGUAUAAUAUUAAUCAGAGAAAAACCGGACCGUUGUAUUUGAGCACAGCAAAAACUGGAAAACACACAGAUCCCGUCUGGGAGGUCCGGUGGCAGCCAAACGAUUUGGACGCAAACUUGAAUUUCUUUUCCGUCAGUGCAGAUGGAAGGGUCACAUCAUGGACUUUAGUGAAGGUAUCUAUCCAAACCGGGCGUGUAGUUUUGUCGGAUUUUUUUCACAUACUGCAUACCAAUCAUCUGCUAUUCGUUGUUUAUUCAAAUAAAUACGUGCUCCCAGAUGCUCGUGAGAUAAUUAAACUGAACUUCAUGACAUUUUAUCACAUGACUUUGCCGCAGGAAGGUGUGGGAUCCAUGCACGAGUGUCCGAAUGAUAUGGGCCAAUUUGACGCAUUGGUUCUUCGUAUGGUCAACAGUGGAAGCGACGGAGGUGAACCCACACAGCUGAUCACUUUGGAUUGUGGCACAGCUUUUGACUUCCACUCCACAUUGUCACACUUAUUCCUUGUGGCCACUGAAGAAGGUAUGGUGUACAAAUGUAGUAAGGCAUACAGUUCACAGUAUUUGGGCAGCUACGAAGCCCAUCACAUGGCUGUCUAUCGUGUGGCUUGGAAUCGUUUUCAUCCUGACAUUUUCAUCACAUGUUCCGCGGAUUGGACAGUCAAAAUCUGGGAUCAUAACAAACCCGAUCCGGUGUUCAUGUUUGACCUUGGCAGUCCAGUGGGUGACGUGGCCUGGGCCCCGUACUCUUCCACCGUGUUCGCCGCGGUCACCGCCGACGGACGUGUUCACGUGUACGAUUUGUCAAUCAACAAAUACGAACCGUUAUGCAACCAAAUGGUACUGUCCAAAAAGAAAGCCAAGCUGACACAUUUAGCAUUCAAUCCGAAAUAUAGCAUUUUGAUUGUGGGCGAUGAUCGGUGA